UCUCACAUUAAAAUAGUGAAAGAUUCCCUUUUUAAAAACACAUGAAUCAGAAAGAUUCCACAUUAUCCUUUUAAAAACACAUGAAACGGUGGUAUAGAUUCUCUUGUCUGAAGCAGACAAGAGAUCUCGAAAGCAUAAUCUAAGAAUCGUAGAUUCUGAACUGUCAGAGUAGUUGGAGUUGAAUUAUAUAAACAUGACAACAGAAGUGAUCAUACAAUUUAGCAGCAUAGACAUAGUUACAGCAACAGCAUAUUAACGCCUGAAAUAUGGAGUGGGUAUUUUGGGCAUUAGCGGCUCUUUGUGCUGGUUUAGUUUUGUUUUUUCUCAAGAUUGCAACAACGAUAUGGUGGAAGCCCCUGCAAUUGAAAAAGUCGUUUGAAGCCCAAGGAAUCAGUGGCCCUCCAUACAGGCUAUUCUAUGGGAAUUCUACAGAUAUAUCCAGAUUGGUCCAGGAGCAGACAUCCAAACCCAUGCCACUCUCAAAUGACAUACUCCCUCGAGUUCUUCCCUAUUUUCACCAGUGGACCAAAACCUAUGGUCAGGAUUUUAUCUUCUGGUUUGGAUCUCAUCUCAGGUUGGUUGUUACCCACCCUGAGCUUAUUAAGGAGAUAUGUUCCACUAAAUUUGGCAAAUACACAAAGCUUCCAGGUAAUCCCCUUGCCAAACAACUAGUUGGGCAGGGCCUUGUGGGAUUGAGAGGUGAGAUAUGGGCUCAGCACAGAAAAAUAGUCAGUCCUGCUUUUCAUAUGGAUCUCUUGAAGGGUAUGGUCCCAACAAUUGUGAAAAGCAGUGCCAGUAUGUUGGAUGAAUGGAGUAAAUUGGUAUUGUCAGGUUCAUCAGAAAUUGAAGUGCAAAAGGAGUUCCACGAUCUCACAGCAGAUAUCAUAUCCCGCACAGCAUUUGGGAGCAGUUUUACAGAGGGAAAGCAUAUAUUUGAUAUGCAAACAGAACAGAUGAUUCUUACAACUGAAUUACUUCGCAGUGUUUAUAUUCCAGGCUUCAGGUUUCUACCUACUACAAAGAACAGGCAACGUUGGAAUGUGGAGAAAGAAAUAAGAAAAUGCUUAAAACAAGUUAUAGAUGCCAAGAAAAAGACUGCCGCAAUGGAAGAAACUGGUAGCUAUGGUGCCGAUCUGCUUGGUUUUAUGAUGUCUGAAAGUAAGAAGCAGGGGGGAGUCAACGUCAAAAAUAGUGCAAGCCUGAGUACAGAGGAAAUCAUUGAUGAAUGUAAGACUUUCUACUUUGCCGGUCAUGAUACUACAUCACUCUUGUUGACAUGGAGUAUAAUAUUGUUGGGCCUAAAUCAAGAUUGGCAAGAGCGAGGUCGCAGAGAGGUGUUGGAAGUAUGUGGGAGAAACAAAUAUCCAGACGCAGACAGCUUAAGUCGCCUCAAAAUUGUGGGAAUGAUCCUGUAUGAGGCCUUGAGACUUUAUCCACCUGGAGCGCUUCUAUUGCGACAGGCAUGUGAAGCAAUGAAACUCGGAAGGCUAUCAAUUCCUGCAGGCACUGAACUUUUUAUUCCGAUCCUUGCAAUCCACCAUGAUCCUGCUUUGUGGGGAAACGAUGUCAAUGAUUUCAACCCAGGGCGAUUUAGUGAAGGAAUUGCAAAGGCUGCAAAGCAUCCAAUGGCAUUCAUGCCUUUUGGAAUAGGCCCAACUACAUGUUUGGGUCAGAAUUUUGCUUUGUUGGAAGCAAAAUUAGUUUUGACCAUGAUUCUGCAAAAGUUUUCUUUUGUUACUUCACCUUCUUAUACUCAUGCUCCCGUGUAUUCAAUUACUCUACGACCUCAAUAUGGAGCUCAGGUUAUCUUCCGCAUGAGCUAAUGUCUCAGAACAGUACUUCCUAGAAACUCUCCCAAUAUGUAAUCUUUUUUCACAUUUCAGGGCCUGUGGUUAAAUUAGUUUCGAAAAAUGGUUAUAAACUUUGUUAUUAACAUGAAGUUUA